UACACUCGUUUAGGGCCGGUGCAUGCUCUCGCCAAAAUCUGCCCUUUAUUCAAAGCCUUCCACACCUGAGACCAUUAGAUCUUGUGAUCUAUUGCUGCUUCCACAUGGCGCCUGAUCCCUCUGGACCAAGUCCCAUCUCUCAUUGCCACUGGUUUUGUUGUGGGUAGAUGUUGAACUGUUGUCUAAACAUCUGUGCACAUCUGCUGCCAAUUACGUCUUUUUCUGCCUAAUCCCACCCCCAGCCAAGUCAGAAGGCGAUAGGUUUUCUCAGGAAUCCUUUGAAAGAUUAUCAUCAUACUGUGAUGCAGGGCAUUUUUUUAUACUUACGUGUAAGUUUCCUUAGGAUUGAAUGCUUUAAUCAAAUGAAAACUGUCUGUAUUAUUCCACGAUCCUUUGUCAUUAUGUGUUUGAUGUCUUAGAUUCAUGUAAAUGUCUGAAGGGUAAAUACACAUGUGUGUUCUGGACACCUCUUAUGCUGUAAUACAAUUGACUUCUUUAUUUUUAACAAAUUGAUUGUUUCACAUGUUGAUGGAUGAGAAGUUCUUCAGCAAAUUUUACAAUCGCCCAUGAUCAGUGUGUCUUUUGACUUCUUUUAUUACUUUAAACAGCACAUUCUGCUCUUCACACCAAAUAAAUAAUCAAAUAAUUUGAAUAAAUGAUCAAAUUCUGCACAGCUGAAUGAUCACUGACUUGCAAAAAACGCUAACGGAAAUCAAAGUGUGACACAUACAAUUCUCCAACAAGAGCUCAGCCAUCAACAACCAAUAAGUGUCUGUAGGUGUGGAUUGAAAAUGUUGUUUGAUUUGUUCUAACUUGAGAUUUUUCUCCAUAGUUUUCUUAUCUCCUUAAAGACAGAGAUAAUCUACCCGGUCAAAAUGGUCCUUCUCUUGAUUUUUCGCUCAUUUCCUCAUGGUUAAUGCUCUGUGCUAAACAAGGUCCAAAAGCAGGUGUUGGUCUGGCCACAGUUGUUAUCUCCUUUGUGUUCACCACGUACUACAAUGUGCUCAUGAGCUGGUCACUUUACUAUUUCUUCAACUCAUUUGAGGCGACACUUCCUUGGAAAUCCUGUAACAACACUUGGAACGUCGUGGAAAACUGUUCCCGUGGCUUCGUCGACAAAGACGUAUACCUGCAGUCUGCCAGCCAGCAGUUCUUUGAUUACAGGCUUCUGGAGAAAACUGCCGGGAUUGAAGAAAGUGGUGGCAUUCGCUGGGAACUCUUUGGCUAUCUCAUUUUUGCCUGGGUCAUCGUGUAUCUAUGCAUAUUUAAAGGAGUCAAAUCCACUGGCAAGGUUGUGUAUUUCACCGCCAUAUUUCCGUACUUUGUCCUGUUCGCCCUGCUCAUCAAUAACUUGCAGCUUCCCGGUGCCAAAAAAGGUAUCCUCUACUUUGUGACACCAGUCUGGAGCAAGCUGUUCACAGUGAAGGUUUGGGUUAACGCGGCCGCCCAGGUGUUUAACUCCAUUGGAAUAGCGUUUGGAUCCCAGAUUUCGUUGGCUAGCUACAACAAGUUCAACAACAACAUUCUCAGGGAUACUUUGAUUGUGUCAUUAACCAAUUCAUUCACGAGUAUCCUGGCUGGCUUUGUGAUUUUCUCAGCCGUUGGGUACAUGGCUAAUAUAUAUAACCUCCCAGUGGACAACAUUGCUACAGAUGGUCCUGGAUUGGUGUUUGUUGUUUACCCUGAAAUCCUGUCCACCAUGCCUGUCUCCCAGUUGUGGGCCCCUCUGUUCUUUUUUAUGCUUCUUUGUCUGGGGCUCGACAGUCAGUUUGCAACCGUUGAGGUGGCUGUGGCAUUCGUUAAAGACGAGUACGGCCCCAGAAUUCUGCAGUAUAUAAAACGAGAGGAGCUGAUCACCCUGGCUGUGUGCCUCGUCUCCUUUCUCUUAGGACUCCCUCACAUUACAAAGGGAGGAAUCUACGUGUUUCAGCUGAUGGACCACUACACUGCCGUGGUUUCUCUCGUCUUCUUGGCUUUCUUUGAAGUCUUGGCUGUCUGUUGGAUCUUUGGAGUCUCUCGUAUCUCGAUAAUGAUCAAAAAGAUGCUGGGGAAAGCUCCAAACCUCUACUUUCGCAUCUGUUGGAUGGUGCUCUGUCCCAUAUUGAUGCUGGUGAUACUGAUCUCCAGCAUUGCCCAGUACACUCCCGUUCACUAUGGGAAGUACAGUUACCCGGCAUGGUCUGAGUGGGUGGGCUGGGCCGUGUCACUUAUCUCCAUAGUGUGGAUCCCACUCGGUGCUAUUCAAGAGAUCUGCAAAAACAAAGGCUCCUUCCGUCAGAGGCUGAAAACGGCCAUAACUCCCACAGUAGACCUGGGUGCUGAGUAUCCAUCGUCAGAAAAACAGAAUCUAGACCUGCAGAUGUCUGAAACCUUGUUGAGUUCAGUGGUGUGACGAGACAGGACCCAAAACCGAAGACACAGUUCCAUGUCGAAUAUUGAACAUGUUGAAUGUCUUGAACUCUAUUCGCUGUGGUAUAUAUAUAUAUAUAUAUAUAUAUAU